AUUUUUCUUAGACAUUCCAGUGUAAUGACCAAAAACAGCCUCACAGGAGUUUAAAUAACAUACCCAAAGUUGACUCUGCUCAGUAUCUGAAGAACCUCUAAAGAUGAAAUACCUUGUGGCUAUUGUAUUGAUUGCUGGUACCUAUUUGAUUGUGUGUGAUGCAGGCUGUUUUUACCAGAAAGCUAAAGAGAGUGAAGGGCCUGUAAAGGGAUGUCUCUAUAAGGGAAAAACGUAUAAACUUGGCGAAUCGUGGAGAACGGAGCACUGUUUUGACUGUUGGUGUGGCAAAACCGGGGAAAUGCAGUGUUGUCAAGCUUAUGGAACACCAUAUAGCCGUGACAGGAACUGCAUAUUCAAAUUUGACCGGAAAGCCUGUGAAUACAUCCUAAUACCAAAUGAGGACCCAAAAAAGCAAUGCUCUGGAUAUGGCAUGGUGGGCUGAAUACAUUCUGCUGGAAUCAUCAACAGUGUUAUCUCUUUCAAGAAUUUGAAUGAUGAAUUAUUGCACCCAGUAGCAUGUAAAAUAAAUAAUUACAUCAAGAAAAGAUACUAGAAUAAUAAAAUAUAAUCUAUAUUCGUUGCUGCACAAAUAUUGAUUUACUGUAUGACUGAUUGGAGUAAUUUAUUAUCACUUCCUGAAUGUUAUUUUAGCAAAAAUAACUCUUGAGAGAUAAUAACCAGUGAAGUUCUGGAAGGAACAAGAGUACCAAGUUUGUUUAACACUUAUGCAGAAAUAUUCUGUCUGGCCAUAUAAAUAGAUUUCUUCUAAGUUCUAAGUGGCUUUAAACCAGCCCUGUACUGCAAAUUAAUUACAGUAAUGCCCCCCCCCCCCCCACCUUUCCUGGGCUUAUUCACCUUCCAUGCAAUCGACCCCCCUUUCCACAUUAUCUACUUCCAGUUAUGGGUGGUCUUCUAUGCUGUAUGUAGUAAAGGAAGCACUGUUCUCUGCAGCAUUCUCCCUGAAUCUAGGCCAGUGUGAUAAUACACUUCUGGGGGGCGUGUCCAUGACAACCUGAGCUCACAAGACACUAGGCGAUAGUAAAACUAAAAAAGGAAAUUAAGAUCAUAUUAAAGCAGUCUGUGUAUAAAAACACAUGUACCCUUUAUAACAAUAAAAUAACAAUAAAACAACAUACUGUAUAUCUAAAUCAAUAUUCAACCAUUAGGAGUCAGGUAGCCCACUGAUAGAACCAUUUGAUUACUAAUCUGGAAACCUCUCUAAUUCUAUUUACACCUUGCCAGUUAUUCCUUAUUCUACUUGUCCCCAUACUUUUAAGACUGGGAGGAUCUUCACCAUGAACUCUUGAGAAAUGAAAAGAUACGCAACAUGUAACAUGUUCACUCUACAUACUGCUAUCCACAUGGGCAUUCCCAUGUAAUCUGUGAUGACUUAUUCACAACAUUUGAAACCUAAAUGUAUCUCAAAGUAGGGGCUUUUUUGCAUAAUAUUGAUGAUUUUUUUCUUGGAAUAUUUUACUAAUUCCCCUGUCUUCUUGUAAAAUAGGCCAGCUUUUCCCAAUAAUAUUUUUAAGAUCCCUGUACUGAUUACAGAAAUUAUUUCUAAAUGAUAUAUUUCCUCUAGUAAAAUUAUUCUUCCUACAUUAAUUUCAUAUGUAUUUAUUGCAAGAAAUCAUCCCAUUGUAGGUUAGCUACACAUUCUAUGUCAUUAUCUAAAGGUUCCCUUAUCGUAUUCUUUUUCAAGGAAUCUUUCUUUCAAGACAUACAUAACGUACUACCAGUUCAUUACAGUUCUGUCUGAGGCAUAUGAACUGUCCUCUCAGAAUGUUUCUCACCCAUGUAGAUUUGAAAUAUGUUUUAGUAUUAGGUAUUAAGCUUAUUCCCAUAAACUCAAAUAGUGAGGUCAAGAAAUGUUCUAAUUAAAAAUGUAUUACAUCAUUGUUACUA